CAAUACAGAAUACAUACAUGCACGCAUACAUUAUUCCAAGUCUUUUUGGGCUUUGAUUCCAUCAAAAUUAAACAAUGCCAGAGAAAAAUAGACCAAGAGAGAGAAAAUAACUGAUGAGUCUCUAGACAGAAAAAAAAAAGAGAAAAAAGAAAAACAAAGAUGAUAAUACCACCAGGAGAGGCACCUUCUUCUUCUUCUUCUUCUUCUUCUUCUUCUUCUCUCAGUAUUAAUUUUUGUUUUUAUUUUCUUUAAAAUUUUCAUUAUCUUACUAUCUGUAAUUAACCUAACCCUAGAUUAGUUUUUCUUUUUCUUUUGCUAAUCAAAUUUUCUUAAAGUCCUCUAAUAUUCACCAAACCACGAAAUUCUAGAUCUCCAGCUUCUUUUCGUUUCUUCGUUUCCGUGCGACUUUUUUUUUUCGAUUUGUCAGUGCGGUUGAUUCCGUGUACAGUUCUCGGAUUAAUUUUCUCUCUUUUUUUUCUUAAAAAAGAAAAUUUUGGAGGUUGAAUUAGGGUUUGUAUUGUUGGAUAGAGGGUUUUGAUUUUGUAAAUUUGAUGGAGCCACGUGUUGGUAAUAAGUUUCGGCUUGGUCGGAAGAUCGGUAGCGGGUCGUUUGGAGAGAUCUAUCUCGGAACUAAUAUCCAGUCAAAUGAAGAGGUUGCAAUUAAGCUUGAAAAUGUCAAGACAAAGCAUCCUCAGUUGCUGUAUGAAUCAAAAUUAUACAGAAUUCUUCAAGGAGGAACUGGGAUUCCAAAUGUGAGAUGGUUUGGGGUUGAGGGAGACUAUAACGUUUUGGUUAUGGAUUUACUUGGACCUAGUCUUGAAGAUCUGUUUAAUUUCUGCAGUAGGAAACUUUCUUUGAAGUCGGUUCUCAUGCUUGCUGAUCAGAUGAUCAAUCGCGUCGAGUUUGUUCACUCAAAAUCAUUUCUACAUCGAGAUAUUAAGCCAGACAAUUUUCUCAUGGGCUUGGGAAGACGCGCUAAUCAGGUCUACAUGAUUGACUUUGGUUUGGCAAAAAAAUAUAGAGAUAGUUCAACCCAUCAACACAUUCCUUACAGGGAAAAUAAAAAUUUAACAGGAACUGCUAGAUAUGCAAGUAUGAACACUCACCUAGGAAUCGAGCAAAGCCGGAGGGAUGAUUUAGAAUCUUUGGGUUAUGUUCUUAUGUAUUUCCUAAGAGGAAGUCUUCCUUGGCAAGGACUGAAAGCAGGAACUAAGAAACAGAAGUAUGAGAAAAUUAGUGAAAAGAAGGUCUCCACUUCAAUUGAGGCCUUAUGUCGGGGUUAUCCAACUGAAUUUGCAUCCUACUUUCAUUACUGCCGUUCCUUACGAUUCGAUGAUAAGCCUGAUUAUGCUUACCUGAAAAGAAUAUUCCGUGAUCUCUUUAUUCGCGAGGGCUUCCAGUUUGAUUAUGUCUUUGACUGGACUAUAUUGAAGUAUCAGCAAUCACAGCUGGCUAAUCCUCCAGCUCGUGCCCUUGGCCCUGGAAUUGGAACCAGUUCUGGAAUGCCUCCUGCAAUUGGCAGUGCAGAUAGGCAGACAGGUGGAGAAGAAGCACGCCAAGCUGGUCAGUCAAUGGAUUCUGCUCGGCGCAGACUAUCAGGGCCUAUAUUAAACACUGGAAGCUUUGCAAAGCAGAAGAGUCCAGUGGCCAAUGAUUCUCCAGUUUCUAAGGAUCCUAUUUUACCAAGCUCUGCUUUUAUGGGGCGAUCAAGUCGAUCCUCAAGGCAAGCAGCUGCUGUUUCUUCUAGUCGUGAUGUGUAUCUUGGAAGUGAGGCUGAUCCCCAACGCACUCGCACAACAGAUGCAAGCCCAGGAGCAAUGCAUAAAAUUCCAAGUGGGCAAAGGAGCCCUCCUCCCCUUGGAUCUUCAGACCCCAGGCGGUCAUCAUCAGCCAGAAAUGCCACGCACAUGAAGACUUAUGAAUCUGCCCUCAAGGGAAUUGAGGGGCUGAAUUUUGACAGUGAUGAUAAGUUGAGUCCCUACAAGUUGUGCUUAGAGACUCUAUAAUUCUGGAUUAAAUUUGCGCACUUAAAAGGACGGCAGCUGAUUGUACGAAAAUCUGGCCUGGAAGCCAACUGCUUCAGAGAAGGCUCUUUUUACAGAAGCUGGGUGUGUUAUUGGGGGACUAAAUUGUUUUUUUUCUUUUAAUUUUUUUUUCAGAUGUUCCAAAUAGCUUGACCUAUUAAUGUUGUCUCUUUUCUUUAUCGAAGCUAUGGUUUUUUUAAGUGUU